GAAUCACCCAUGGUCUGCUCAAUCAAAUGUCACUCCUUAUUCCCCUUCAUGCAGGGCUAAUCGCCCUUUAUUGUGAACUUCUCUGGGCUAACGAAUCCCCGACUUGUCGUGCAAGGGCUGUCACCCUGAUCCGCUCUAAACGUUCAGUAUGCCUGAUCAGGGCAGUUUCUUUACCUCAUAGCUCAGUGGCAGAGCGUGAGAUUCCAGUUGAGGAACUUCCUCAAGGUCAUCCGUUCAAUCCGGGUUGGGGUCAUUGCGUGUAUGGGACAUCAGGCGUUUUUGUCUGGAAAUCUUUCACAGUCCUUACAUCGUUUUCCGUGUUAUCAUGCUGAGACGGUACGCGAGGCUCAUAUGCAGUAU